AUGUACAGUGAAUGUGGGCAGCGAAAGUUUGCAAGGACGCAUUUCCCCAGGCCGGGCGGCACAGAAUUCUGUCUAUCUUGCCAACACAGAUCAAUGGUUCAGCUUGGAUGUCGACCAUGGAAUCUGAGUUUAAUCAGUGUAAUUGUCCUCGCCCUCUCCAACAUGCUGCUGACCUUCUUGUUGCUGCAGUCAGAGACCUGUGCUCCAUACAGCCUUCCUAAGGAAUCCGUGUCGAAUAUUGUUACUGAAUGGAAUCUCCCUUCUUUCCAAAAAGAAGACCCUCCUGAAAAGCCCUGUAUUCAAUCUGAGGAUCUUCAAAAGGAGGACACUGUCCUCAAGCUGGAUGUAAAACUAGGAAAAUGGGAUUCUCGUCGACUUUAUAAAACCUUUGAUUCAGUCCUGGUUGGUGGUAAAUUCAGCAACCUCUCGCAAACUUCUAAAGUUUGUUUAGCGACUCAGACUUCCAUAGAGAAGCUUCAUUCUCUUGUUCAGGUUGUUCACCACUGGUCAGGACCACUAUCAGUUGCCUUGUUUGCUUCCGGGGAUGAGGAGUUUGAGGUUUUGCAGAGGUACCUUGUUUACCUCAACAAAUGCUAUACACCAAUUAGGAAUCGAGUGGCAUUUUCCCUAGCGAUGCCCAAAAAUAAACUACCUAAGAGAGAGCCGACUGCUUUCAAGAUGCCUAAGACUGUGGACUGUGCCAAACCCGAGGCCACGUUAAAUAUCCUGAUGAGUAGAGUCUCUGAUGAACAAACAAAUUGGAGGAUACGGAAUGUCUAUCCUCAGAAUCACAUGAGGAACUUAGCGAGAAAGAAUUGUCAGUCGGAGUACGUGUUCUUAACUGAUGUGGACAUUGUGCCGAGCUUUAACUUGACUGGAACUUUAGAAGAGUUCCUUAAGGAUGACAAUUGUGAAAAGUGUGCGUAUGUGAUACCGACUUAUGAGCUGGACUCGCGUGUUCGAUUUCCACAGAACAAGUCUGAGCUAAUUCGACUAGCUAAGAAAGGGCUUGCUAGACCCUUUCAUCAGAAAGUCUUCAUUCACAAUCAAUUCGCAACGAAUUUUACGAGAUGGAUGAUGGACCUCAUUCCGGGACAUAAAGGCCACGAGAACAUGAAGAAUGGUAAAAUUUAUGUCAGUCAUGACGUAACUAACUUCGAGUUCCUUUAUGAACCUUUCUACAUUGCGAGAGACAUUGCACCAGCUCACGAUGAGAGGUUCAUGGGUUAUGGGUACACCAGAAAUACACAGGUAUUGCUCUUAACUGGUAUAAAAGCAUGCAGUCCAAUUGGCAUAAUUUUGACCAAUUUGCUUCCGAUUUUUGCUCAAGAUUCGCUGAUUCCGAUUUUCAAUUCGAGUUACGUCAAGAAUUCCAUCGGGGGACUCAAGGCGAACGAGAAUCGGUAG